CAUCCACACAAUCAACCUGUUGAUUUAGUUUAGUUAGUUGAUUGUUACUGUUGGUUUGAUGUUACUAUUUUCGUUGAUUCAAUGUUUAUCUUAAUCAAAAGUGAUGAUAAUUGUUCAAUGCAAAGGAUACAAAUUAAACUGGACAAUUGUUAAUAAUAAUCAUCAAGUGGAUAAAGUAAAUUGAUUACAAUCAGUUUACUCAUUCACUUGUAAUCAAAUACCAAAAGGAGAUACAAAUGAUAGGACGAAACAAUUAUCAAACAUUAACUAAGUAAUUAACUAAUUGUUGGUGGUGGAGGUUAAAUUAUCUCCGUCGAGUUGUUAUUCUUUUCUUAUGGGUGGUGAUCGUGAGUUGGCUAAUUGUUGUUACCUUAAUCUGUUAAUUGUACUGUUAACCAUGGUGAUUAAGCUCUCAUCAAGUCAAGUAAUUAAGGAGAUUAAUCGAGAUUAUCAUGGAGAUAUUUUCAUAAUCUCUGGUGACCCGAUCUCUUGUGAUCCAUCCCUUUGUUCAGAGGGUCAACGAUUCGCUGCCCCGGUCAAUGGUCAUCCCUGUAAAUGCCAAUGUGACCCAUCAAAGCAAAUAUUUCGAGAGGAUAUUCAACAGUGUGUCCGAGAUCUUGACGAUUGUCCUUUGAUCACUUUUACCAGAACUUAUAUUUCGGAAACGAUUCCGGUCGUUUCAUUGCCCACUGCUGGUCAAUUGGUUCAUCCAGGAGCUCAUCUUAAUCUAGAAAAUCGUCACAAUUUGCUGAAUCAAACUUGCCGAGUAGAAAGUGACCUUGUUAUGACCAAUGAUGGUUGGCUAUCGAUUAACGGAAGCCAGUUUUUGCCUUAAUUGCGGACGGAAGUCGAUCUUUUCUUCAAUGGGUUGGCAAUGAUCAGAAUAGAAGACAAUUGGAACAGAAAUUAGUUUUAAUUCGUUUUAAUUGUCAACUAAAACCUCGUCACGGCUCAAUAGAAGUUGCACCUUACCGUCCAUGUGCCGCUGUCCGAAUAGGCUGGGUACCAGGUUCGAGUUUAGGAUUACUCAAGGUCCAGGGGAAUGUCCAUCAUCCGGAUGGAAACACAGGAUCAACAACCCAAGGAAAAGGAACCUCAGGAUAUCUAAUCAUCGGAUUAUCCAUCGGUGUCUUAGGAUUAACUUAUGUUCUCUCUCUAAUGAUCUACCUGAGAUCUAAAAGGGUUGACAAUUUAAAGGACCAUCGAAGUAACAACAGUAGUUUUCAACAAAGUUCAUUUCAUUCAUCUAAUCAUCAUCAUGGGUCAUUCGGUGAUUCAUCUUCCAAUCAAACAGGAAGUUCAUCAUUGGAACGAGGCGGAGAUGAGGAUGCGAACAGUAAAACAAAAUGUUUCACACUUUCCAUGGAUAGAGUUGAUUAUGGUGAAAUUGCCGGUGAAUUUAAUCCAUCAAUUAAAAGUGAUUCAAUUAAUAAUAGUAAAAGAAAAAGUCAACAAAAAGAAAUCAACAAAAGUGAUGAUAAUUGUCAACAGAAAACACAAUCAUCAGAUGUUGAGAUUUGUCUCAAAUCCAUUGACCAAGGACAUUUAUUAUCCACAAUAACUUCAUCAUCUUUAUCAGUGCCAAUCUCAUCACCUAAUCCAUCAUCGAUUAAUAAUCUAUCCUCAUCAUCACCAUCAUUGUUAACCUUUCCAUUAUCAUCUUCAUCACUUUCAUCUCCAUCAUCAUCCUCAUCCUCCUCUCCUCAAUCACCAGCAUCUUCACCCUCUCAAUCACUCACAACAAUAACCAACAUUGUUAAUCAUCAUCAUCAUCAUCAUCAUAAUCAACACACUCCAUCAUCAUUAAACUCAUUACAGGCUCGAGUUAAGGAGAAAUCUGCUCAAUUUAAUGGACAGUUUUGUGGACAAACGAACACAAAUGUACAAAUUGUUAGCAAUUUAUCACCACAACCAUUUCGACGGUCGAAUCGAUUAUCAAGACGAGACUUGUCGAUUGCGCCUAAAUUGUUGGACCCUGAGGCCUUAUCAUCGCCCUCACCGACUGCCAUUGAAUUUCUUUCAAGACUUCGAGAGGUCAUUUCAUCGGCUCGAGGUCGAAUGAGAGCUUUCCGUUUCAAACCAACUUUACUAGUCAUUCCAGAAGAUGAUUAUUUUAUUUCUGAACUUAAAUCUAAAGAUAAAUCAAUUAGUUUAUCGACAACAAGUGACUCGUCGUCAAUGGGAUCACCAAGUUCAUUGGAAAGUGAAAGUGAACUUCAAAUGAACAGAAAUGAGACAUUAUUAAGCCAAGAAGCUUUAUCCAUGUAUCAGCAACAAUAUCAACAAGAUAAUUCAUAUCAACAACCUUUAUCAUUGCCUGUGGCGAUUUCAACUGUUUCGCAGUCAAACUCUUGGAAAUCGUCGGUUAAUCAAUUUAGACCGAAACUUUUAUCAUUUGGAAGCUCUCGAAGAGCUUCAGACAAUUCUAAAGCUAAAGUGACCACUAAAGAAAUUGCAUUCUCUGAUUCCGAGUUAUCGAAUGAUAGAUCUCAUGAGCCACGACACGAGCAUCAAUUGAGCUCCUCAUUGUCAUCGAUUUAUAAGAAAAAUUGUGAUUCUUCCAUGAUGAUAACUGCCUGGGGAGAUGACAAAGCAUCCAAAGUAUCACGAAGGGAAAUAGUUGAUCGUUUAGCAGAGGAAAUGGUUACGGUUAAUGAUGAUCAGAAUGUUACUAUUUCCAACGAGAACGGAAACAUGGAGCAAACCAAUUACUCCAAUGAACCCGAUUCUCUCAAUGAUCUAUCAGAUAUUAAUGAGAAUCUAUUUGAAACAAAGGGAAAUCAUAACAAUAACAAUUCUGGGAACAAUAAUUACGAUGAUACAAUUAGUUCAGAAAAUUUGGCCAACCUAUCAAACGAAGUGGAAAAGAAACUCGCCCAACGGAGUAUUGUCCCAUUGCCCGAGGUUGUCACCGAAAUAACUGAAACAUGUAAGGCAAGAUCUAAAAUCGAUGGGGUUAAAUCAAAUCAUUCAUCUCAUGGUAAUCAUAAUCACUCUAAAGAAGAUUCAAGAUUAAGCCAAUUAGUCGCUGAUUUGAAACAUUUUACCCGUAAAAGAAAACAGAUCAAAACAGUUAAGUCUUUACCAUUGGUCAGUGACAAUAAUUGGAUGCUACAACCAGUGGCUUCGAUGUCAUUAAGAUUACCAUCUUCAUCAUCUCGACCAUCCCUAUCAUCCUCAUCCGUACCUAAUAAACUACUUGAAAAUAGAUCCAUGAGAAACAAUAUCAGAGAUAAUAAUAGCAAAAAUGGUAAUAAAAGUGGAAAAUACAAUAGCAAUAAUAAUAAGAAUGCUAAAUCAGCUAAUAAACAAUCAAGAUCUGAUGAUAAUUCUCAAGUGAUAACAAUACAGGAGGGCCGUUAUUUGAAUUUUAAUAAUCACUCAUCAUCAAUUUCAGAUGAGGAACCAAAUUCAACAGGGAAUGAAAUGAUUACCUCAAGGUUUCCAUUGGAAACAUGGAGUUUAUCAUCUGAGCCAAGCAAUGGAUCAUCAUCACCAAAUUAUAAUCAAAAUAACAACAGUAUCAACAAGAAUAGUGUUAAUAUCAAUAUUGAUAUGAUUGGUGAGGAAAACUAUGCCCGGCAAACAAUUGUUGACCCAUUGACCCUUGAUGACGAUGAAAUGUUCAUCACAUUUGCCGGAAAUGAAUUUGAGUCAAACGGAAAUGAAGGUGAAGUUGGUUACAUAAGCCGAUUCAAUUUGAUAAAGAAAUAUAUUGAUGAUCCAAAUAUAUUUAGUGAUAAAGGUAAAGGUGAUGAUGAACAACAAGUUAAUGGUGAAGAUUAUCUGGAAGAGGAAAGAUCAUUAUCAUCAACAAUUAAUGAAAAUUCUAAUGAAAACAAUAAUAUUUUACGCAAUCAAAUGAUAACAAUGUCAUUAUCAGAUUCAUCAGCAUCAUCAUCAGAAUCUUCAUCAUCAAAUAAUCAUUACAAUUCAACAUCAAAUGUGAUUAACUCAACUAAUUCAAUGAAACCAUGGAAGUCAAUUGAUUCAAAACAUUUACAAUCAUCACCUCAAUCAUUACCUUUAUUAUCAUCAUUAUCAUCAAUCAGAUCAUCACCAUCAUCAUCAGCUCAUCUUUAUCCUUUAGAUAUGUGCUCUUCUGAUGAUUGUCUGUCUUCUGCUUCCGUUUCCUCGAUAAUGUUCAUGGAAUCACCGAAACAGGGAAGACGAAACUCUGUUGAUCAUCGAUUAAACCGCCAAAGUAUUGAUAUCACGGAACGUGACAAUCAAAUAAAUUAUGGAAACAACAAUAAUAAUAAUGAUGAUGUUAUUAAUAGUUCCAUGAUGGUAAGAGGAAGUUCCAACAGAGGAAAUUGGAAUAAUAAACUAAAUCAGCGAUCUAAUAAUGGAAUCAGAUUAAAUCGUCAAAGUCCAGUAGAGAAGCGACAUUUUCCAAACGGAUUAAUGACAAUCGCUUGAUGGGUGGAAAAAUACCCAAUGAAACCCGAAUUGAGACCAGAUAAUGAUGAACAAAGAAUCGAGAAUUAUACUCAGAAAAAAAGAGAAAAUAAUUCUAUUAUUCUGAGUAAUAGUAUUAUUAUUAUACUCGAACGAUAAUUAUAAGGAAACUAUGGAUAAUCUUUUUCUAUUAGUUUUCUUCUUGUAAUAUGAUUAUCAUCUUUUUCUUCAUCACUAUCGUGAUAUUCAUAAGCAUCAUGACGAAGGAUAAAAAAAGAACCGAAAUUAAUCAACAAUCUACUUAUAAUCUUAAUCCUCUUUUCUAUCCUAACAAUUAAAGUCUAAAAAUUAUUCACAAUAAUAAUUUAAAUCUAUUUUUCAAUUGUAAUAAUAUCAGAAAAUUAUCAAUUUUCAUGAACAAUUAAAUCAUUUCAAUGAUGGAUAUAA